CAGACCGGAUGUCAGUUGCAGUCUGUACUCCGAGGCUGCGAAUGUUGUGGAUGAAAAAGAAACUGGCAAGUUGAGAAAAACAACGAGUUCAGGCUGGGCAACGACAAUUCUUCGCGGAGGAGGAAAAAACCUCGUCGACAGAGGGAGAAAGCGGUGAAGGAGAGGUCGUGUGACGCUGCAGCCAUAAUGGUGGGCGAGCGCCGCAAUGGGAACCUCCUGGUUCAGUUGGGGCCAAAACAGCAGGCUUAUCCAGAGGAGCUGAUUCGCCAGAGGCGCACCCAUGAUGGCCAGACAGAGUACCUGAUCCGCUGGAGCCUGCUGGCUUUGGAUGAUGGCACCAGUUCAGGCGGCAGCAGUAACGAGGCAGGUGGCGGGGGUAGUGGUAGCUCUGGUGUUGGCGGCUCCAGCGGGUCCUCUUCUGGUGAAAGUAAGACGGAAAACAUAUUGAUGUGGAUGUCGACAGAGGAUGUGUAUGCCAACUGCCCCACGCUGCUGGGCAAGCGUCCUCUGCUGGAGGAGAAGGUGCGGCCAAGUGGUCAGUUCUCUCCCGACGUCACGUUUGACGAGGUGGAGCUGUCGGAUAUGAAAGAUGAUGUCAAGAACCUUGUCGAGCGAGCGCGAAAACAGAUGGCCAAAAACAGUGAUUUCGCCAUUAGUCUCACACACACCAUUCAUGUGCUGAGCGCCUAUGCUAGCAUUGGCUCACUGGUUGGAGUCUUUAAGGAGACUGGUGCACUAGACCUGCUCAUGGAACUGCUGUGCAACAAAGAGCGUCAGACCCGCCGCAGCGCUGGAAAGAUGUUACGUGCUUUGGCCUCCCAUGAUGCAGGAAGUCGUGCCUAUGUGCUCCUGUCCCUCAGCCAGCAGGAUGGCAUUGAGCAGCACAUGGACUUUGACAACCGCUACACUUUGCUGGAGCUGUUUGCAGAGACCACCUCUUCAGAGGAGCAUGGCAUCUCUUUUGAGGGCAUCCAUCUCCCCCAGAUUCCAGGCAAGCUGCUUUUCUCUUUGGUGAAGCGCUACUUGUGUGUGACCUCGCUGAUGGACAAGCUUAACACGGCUGGAGUGGAGUCCAGCUCUGAGCGGCAGGACCCUGGACCAUCCUCCUCAUCCUCAUCCUCAUCGGGGCAUCAGUCAGAGCAGUCUCGAGUACAAUGCGAGUUUGAGUACACCAUGGCCAUGGCCAACCUCAUCUCUGAGCUGGUGCGUGUAAUGGGCUGGGACCGAAACCGCCAGCCUCCCAUUCACUCCCCUGCUGCAUCAGAGGGGGCAGACGGCAUGGAGGAGGAGUUGAACCGACGCACAGUUCGCUCCAUCUUUCAGCCCCGCUUUUCUGCAUCCCCCACUAUUGUGACUGCCUCUGCGAUCGCAGCUGUCACCCCACCAAAGAAGAAGACCGGAAAUGGCUACAAGACACGCACUGACUUUGCCACGCAUUUUGCUUAUGUUGAGUAUGUACAGGACAACCUGAAGAGUGGCAUGCAGGUUCGCAUGCUGGAGGACUAUGAGGAGGUCAGCGCAGGCGAUGAGGGAGAGUUUCGGUAUAGUAAUGACGGUUCACCACCUGUUCAGGUAUACUGGAACUCAAUUUCUAGGACCUACUGGGUGCACUGGCACAUGAUUGAGAUCCUGGGAUCUGGAAACAGCGGACAGGCUGAGAAAGAGACUCAGGAAAAGGCGACUUCAUUGACAGAGACACUCAAGCUCACUACUGUGAGCCAGACGUUCUUCUCGAAGCCUCCUGGUGGAUUGUACUCAUUGCCUUAUUUAAUGGACAGCCUUCAUGAUGAUGACAGCACCCUGACCCGUGCUGAGUGGUGGGAGGUGCUUUUCUUUAUUAAGAAGCUAGAACCAAAGCAGCAGCAGGAAAUCAACAACAUUCUGCAACAGAACUUUGAAGAACAGGUGGUGGAGCUGGAUGAAGUCACUCUAAUCCAGCUGUCUGUGACGAGCGAGAUGGCCCGUAAGAUCUUGCACUACCUGAAGCAGACGCUGCAGGCCUCCUGCCUAGGUGACCUGCUCUGCUCACAUGCAUUCGCCAAGCACUACCUGCGUCGUGGUGGAGCUAGUCUGGAGGACGAGGAGAUGCUCACAGACAGCUCCCUCAGCUCCUCUGGAGUUGGUGGACAGGCCACCUCAUCCUCGUCUUCGUCAUCAGCGACCCCUGCAGCUUCAACCUCUUCAGCCUCCUCUUCUACAAUGGGCUCGCUUUGCAAGAAGCCUAAAAAAGAGAUCCCUGCUGAUAACGGCAGCUGUGGUAGUGACACAGAGAGUGAGCUGCCAACUGAAGAUGAGUCCAAAUACCCUGAAGACAUGGAGGAAAAAAUGAAAGUUUUCAAUAAUCCUAAGGUUCAAGGCAAGAAGACCGCUUUGGAGAAAAUUGGCGAGGUUGUGGACAUCAUGAAGAAAAGCAGCUCUGAUGCAGGGCAGCAAUUUGCUGGCAUGAAGUUUAUCUGUAAAAUCCUGGAGGAAGAGGGACCUCAGGAACGUAGCACGCUUAGAUCAGAUUCAGCACAGACCAUUCGGGAUAAAGUCUUAAAGCUGCUGGUAGAGAUGAUUGGAGGCCAGCCGAAGCAAAAUGCCAUCAUUGCUCUGCUCCUGACCCGCAGCCUCAUGCUCAAAUAUGAGUGGCGCGUGUCUUUUGCAACAGAGGGAGGAGUUAAAGCCAUCUUGUCCUGCAUGCAAGAGUACCCCACUUGCACACAAGUUCAACGCAUUGCUCUAGCGACUCUGAAGGUCAUCACGGGCGCUAGUAAGCAUGAUUUGCGCAGUGUGGGGAGCUUUCUGCCUCUAUCAGAGUCUGGCACUCAGAUGAUGCUGGAGAUCUUUGCCAGCAUUGGCUCAGCGACACCUGAGGGCUCGAAGGGGCUUCUUGGUGCAAUUCCAUCCGCUGUUGAUCUCAUGCUCAGCACUCCUGGGUGUGGGCUGUCUGUAUGGAAUGGCCUUUUGGUCAUCAUCAUGCUGAUCUCCAAUCACAAGAGCUUGGCAGAGCAGCUGGUGGCCUGUGACGUCACUACAGUACUGAAAAGAUGCCUUUCCUCUCGGCGCUCUGAGACAAUGCUGGCAAUCAUUGCCCUCAACCACAUCUCUAAUGUUCACAAACUGGAAAAGAAAGAGUCCAAAGAGGAACUUGACUUCAAGGACACAGAGCUGAAGAUGUUGGUGGUAGGUCUGAAGGAGAUGACCACCACCAAAGAUGUGAUUCUGACUUUGGAACAGCUUCUGUGUGAUGACACCUCACAGCUGGAGGAGGAGAGGAAUGAAGUCUUGCGUAGCAGAGAUACCUUCCAGGACCUGGUACGCCUCAUGGACCAGCAUAGAGUGGAACGAGCAGUCCAGCUCCCAAUUCUCAGAAUUUUGAACAAGUUCUUAGACAACUAUCAGGAGGAUCUGCUGCCUUGGCAUGAGAGCAUUGAACCUUGCCUGUCUUCAAUGACGGCGUGUAUUAAUGACAGAGAGACGGUACAGCAGUUCAUCCGUUUCCUCUAUCGCCUGGCUUCCCUGAACAAAGACUACGCUGUAGUUAUGUGUCGUCUUGGCACUAAGGAAGCACUCGUCAAAGCUUUGGACAAGCACAGCACCAACUUGCUUAUGGUCACAGAGCUGCGGGACCUGGUUAAUGACUGUGAAAAGUAUGCCAGCCUUUACAAAAAGAUGACCACCAGUGUGCUGGCUGGAUGCAUACAGAUGGUCCUGGGCCAGAUUGAGGAACAUCGGAGAAACCAUCAGCCUAUCAACAUCCCGUUCUUUGAUGUAUUCUUGCGCAACUUGUGCCAAGGCUCAAGUGUGGAACUGAAAGAGGAUAAAUGUUGGGAAAAGGUAGAAGUCUCCUCCAAUCAUCAUCGAGCUAACAAGCUAACUGACAAGAACCCCAAAACGUACUGGGAAUCUAAUGGUUGCACAGGUUCCCAUUUUGUCAAUAUCUACAUGCACAAGGGGGUGGUUAUUAGGCAGCUGGCAGUGCUUGUCGCCAGCGAGGACUCAAGUUACAUGCCAGCUCGUAUUGUAGUUCUGGGAGGGGAUGAUCCCACAAACAUCAAUACUGAACUAAAUACUGUAAAUGUGCCACCUUCAGCCAGUCGUGUUGUUUUGCUGGAGAACAUGACCCGCUUUUGGUCUAUUAUUCAGAUCAGGAUCAAGAGGUGUCAGCAGGGUGGCAUCGAUACACGAGUGCAUGGGUUUGAAGUUCUUGGCCCGAAACCCACCUUCUGGCCUGUCUUUAAGGAGCAGCUGUGCUGCCGUACCUACCUCUUCUACACAACAAAAGCCCACACCUGGUGCCAAGAGAUUCUGGGGGACAAGAGCCAACUGUUGCAGCUCUUUAAUAAGUUAAACAGUGCACUUCGGCAUGAACAAAUGUUUGCUGACCGUUUCCUGCCUGACGCUGAGGCCGCAGAGGCUUUGGGCAGAACAUGCUGGGAGGCUCUCAUCAACCCCAUUGUACAGAGCAUCACAGUGACUGAUACCCCAGUUCUGAGCCCUCUCGCCUGGUUGCUCAGUGAAUAUUUGGAGAACGCUGAAUCCUCAAAACGCUAUAAGACCAGGGCUGCCAUUUUCAAUUCGCGCGUGCGUCGCCUUUCCCAUCUACUGGUGCAUGUCGACACUAGUCGACUGGAUACAGAAGAACUCAAACCCCCUGUUAAAUCAAAAGGUAUCAACAGAAGCAAAGAUAUAAAGAAUGGAAAAGAAGGCAAGAACAAGGAAGCAGCUGCAGUGACUUCCUCUUCCCCCUCUUCUGCUGCAAAACCCAAAGUUAAGAACACCAGCAGCAUUGCUGGCAUUGCACAGUGUUGGCAGGGUGUGGUGCAGCGGCAGGUAAAGAAGUUCCUGGACUUAACGUAUAACAUGCCAGACUUUGUGGACCGCUACAAGAACAUGUACCUGCGUUUGAAGAAUGCCAUGGAGGAGCUUUUUGGCCAGCAGGCUGCAUUUGUUUUGGCUCUGCGCCAGGGAUUUUCUGCUGCACUGCUGCAGCUUUCCAUUCUUACUGCCAUGCAUGUGAGUGAACGGUUUGCACAGUACAUAGACCACAUGAUCCAGGAAAGUGGAGUCGACUCUGGGAAUAUGGAGACCUUAAAUCAGCUCCAGCAGUUUCUGGAGCCCAUGCUGUUUCUUUCUGGACUGGAGUUGGCAAACACGUUUGAGCACUUUUACAGGUACUACCUGGGUGAUCGUCUGCUGGGACAGGGGAAAGUGUGGCUGGAAAGUGCAGUGAUCGAGCAGAUCAGCACCUGCUUCCCCAACCGCUUCCCUCAGCAGAUGCUGAGUAACCUGAGUGAGUCCGAGGAGCUGCAGCAGGAAUUUCAUCUCUACCGGCUGCAGCAGCUAGACAAGAGUCUACAAGAUCUGGAUGAGGAGAUUAUGGAUGAGCAGUUGUCAGAGCCAGAGGAGGAGAGCGAAGUUAAGGUGCUGGUUUUGUCUCCAAGAUGUUGGGCCAUCUCUGCUCCGUGCUACCUAGAGGAGCCCAUCAAAUUUUUUCCUCCACAGCUCUGCAGCUACCUUGCCAAUUUUUCAGAUUUCUACUCUAACAGUCAGUGCAUGUACAGUGUAAGCAACAGUAAGCCGCGGAGGCUGCAGUGGACCUGGCUUGGACAUGCUGAACUGCGUUACGGUUCCUGCACGCUCUGUGUCUCCACACUGCAGAUGUACAUUCUUCUGCAGUUCAAUCGACAAGAGGAUGUUAGCUUGGAGAGUCUGCAGCAGACCACUGGCCUGUCUCCAGCAGUGCUGGCUCACGCUGUCAAACCUCUGACCUCUGAGAAGGGUGUUCUGACUCAUACAGGCAGCAGCCAGGUUGGUGUGAAGGGUGAGCUAACUACUGGGGUGCUGAGGUUGAAUAUGGAGGCACUGACGCAGAACUCGGAGAGGCAAAGUUAUUGCUACCUGCUGCCCAAGCAGACCUACCUGAAUGUGGAUGAGGACGCAGCCCGCACACUGGAGAGGAAACGAAACUACAUGUACUGCCUCAUUGUGCAGAUUAUGAAAAAGGAGAAAGAAAUGCAUAUUGACAACCUGGUGUUCAAGGUGUUGGACAUGUGUCAGAAGCAGGAGGUUGGGCGCUCUGCGAGCACCAUCCGAUUCAGCUGCAGCACCACUGAUGUGCUCUCCUGCAUCAUGCAUGUCAUCAACAAGGGCUAUAUCCGUCGCAGUGAGGAGAACCCCCACAUCGUAGAGUUCCUGGUGGAGGACCCCUCCACACCCCAGAAGGGCCAGGCACACUUCUUCAGCAAGCUGGACCUGAAGAAGGGCUCCAGCAGCAGCAAGGCUGACACAAGCCUGGGAGGCCUUAUUAUGGCCCCUCAGCAUGCGGAGGACGGGGUGUUGGAGGCGGUGCUCUUCUCCAUGGGCCGGACCAUGACCCAGGAGGAGGUGAAGCAGCUAAUGCAGCGCACUGUCCAGCAGGUGGCCAGCACCCUCACCCUGGAUCUGGAGCGGGCCGAACACCUGCUGGUUCACUGCAAGUGGAACGUAGACGUGUUGAUCCAGCGCUACACGGACGACCCGGACUCCUUGGUGCUGGCUGCUGGCCUCAAGAUCCUCAGCCCUCAGCCUCCUCCUAGCCCUGCGACUGUCUGUCCUGUGUGCCUCAUCUCGCGCUCCGGGGAUGCAGAGUCUGAAUCCAAACUCUGCUGCAUGCACUACUGCUGCAAGUCUUGCUGGCAGGAGUACCUGACUGCUCGGAUUGAGCAGAACCUGGUGAUGAACUGCAACUGUCCCAUCACAGAUUGUCGUGCUCAGCCCACGUCUCAGUUCUUCUACAACAUCCUCACUGAUAAAGAUACCAUUGCAAAGUAUGAGAACGCUCUCCUGAGGGGAUAUGUGGAGUGCUGCUCCAACCUGACCUGGUGUACCAACCCUCAGGGCUGUGAUCAGAUUCUCUGCAAAGAGAAUAUUGGAAGCAUGGGCACGUGCUCCAAAUGCUGUUGGUCCUCCUGCUUUAGCUGCAACUUCCCUGAGGCUCACUAUCCAGCCAGCUGCAGUCACAUGUCCCAGUGGAUGGAUGAUGGAGGAUACUAUGAGGGGAUGAGUAUGGAGGCUCAAAGCAAACAUUUGGCCAAACUCAUCUCCAAGCGCUGCCCCAGCUGCCAGGCGCAGAUUGAAAAAAACGAGGGCUGUCUACAUAUGACCUGUGCCAAAUGUAACCAUGGAUUUUGCUGGAGGUGUCUUAAGCCAUGGAAACCAACUCAUAAAGAUUACUACAACUGUUCAGCAAUGGUGAGCAAAGCUGCAAGGCAAGAGAAGAAAUUCCAGGAUUACAACGAGAGGUGUACUUUCCACAAUCAAGCUAAGGAUUUUGCCAUCAAUCUGGAGCACAAGGUGUCUUCUAUUAAUGAAGCCUUACAGAUGAAGUCUUUGACAUUUGUUAUUGAUGCCUGUAAGAUUCUUGCUCAAGCUCGCAAGGUUUUGGCCUACUCAUGUGUGUACAGCUAUUACAACCAGGACACAGAGAAGAUGGAUGUCAUGGAACAACAAACUGAAGCGCUGGAUCUUCACACCAACGCGCUGCAGAUCUUACUUGAGGAGACCCUGUUGCAGUGCACAGACUUGGCAUCCUGUGUCCGCCUGCUGAAGCCAGAGCACCUCAACACUGGCUUAGAGCUUAUUCGCCGCAUUCAGGAGCGCCUUGUGGCUAUCCUGCAGCACUCCACCCAGGACUUCCGUGUAGGAUAUCAGUCCAAGACUGGACCAGAUCAGGAGGCAGCACAGGCCUCAAACCUUGCUAACAACACAGACACGAACAAAGAGUCGAAGUCAGAUAGAGGUUCUGAGACAGGAGAGUCUGACAACAACAACUACACUGGUGAAGAUGUGGGUGAUGAAGCAGAGGAGGACGAUGAGUAUGAUUCGGAGUACGUCCCGGACUGGGCUCCGGAGGACUACGAUGAGGAAGACAUCGAUGAGGAUGACUUUUUCUCCGACGAUGAUGAAUCUGAGAACCUAGAGAGGGAUUUUGGCCCUUAUGACUAAAAAAAAAAAAAAAAAAGCUAAAAGCUGAGGACGGCCGCUUGUCUAGAAAGAAAAAUGAAUGUCUCAAACCAGUGUUUUUCAGCUGGGGUCCUGGAGGCCCACCUGAGUUUUCCCUGCCCUUACAUACCACUUUAUCAAGGCCGUCUAGGGCCCAAUUCAGUGUGUAAAAGCAGGGAAAGCAUGGAACUGUACAGUUAAAACACUGGUCUAGAAUAAAGCAAAGAAACACUACCCACAUCAUACGUGUUUGAGGAUGAUUAAGCACUUAAAAUUGAAAAAGAAAGAGAAUCUUUCACACUUCUUUUGGUCAAAUUUUAUCCGUUCUUCUGCCUGGCUUCUUAGCUAGCACUGUUAGCCCCUAUAUACGACAGUUUGGUUGUUGCACUUCUGUUUGCUCUUUAUUCACUGUUCACUUAAGUUUAUGAUGGUCAUGUUCUUUUCCUCACACUUUCAAAGCAGAUGACCAAGUCCAUGGAAGGAUUUUUUUGAGGAUAUAGUGAAGCAUAGACAAUUAUAUACUUUUUGGAAUGUAGAACAUUUUUUGUUUAUAACCGUGAUGCUUUUUUAUUCACUUGCAAUGAUAAAGAAGGGAUGUGUAUUCAAGCAUCAAAAAGCCUAUUUUUUUCUCCUUUUUUAACCAAAAGCAGUGUCUGUUCAUCUUUAAAUACAAAAGGUUUGCCUUGAUUUAUUUUGUAAAUUUGUUUGCCUUCAUAUACUAUGUUUCUUAAUUGGGUCACCAUUUAAAUGAUUUCUACAGAAAAUAUUUGCGUGGGCAAAUAUUUGAAGAAAGUUAAAUUCAUGAGAAUUAGUGUUCAAGGGCUACACUGAAAAGAAAAUCUGAGCACGGUUAAGAUUAAAAUGGUUAAGUGUUCUGGAAAAAUGGUCUGAAAAAGUGGCACACUGCUCCAUGAACGUUUUAUGGCAAUAAACAUUUGAACGUAUUGCACAUAAAUUACAUUAUUUGCUGAUUUAAAUGGCUUUUCUUUUUUCAGCAAAGAAAAGAAUUGUAGUUGUUUUUGGACAUGUUUAUGUUCACUUGUAAAAAAAUAAAAUAAAAAAAAGAGAGAGAGAUGGCAAAUACCUUGCAGUGUCCCACUUUGAAUCUGCUGUAGGCUAAGAUGUCCUUAUAUAUUAGUAUAUUGUUCUACUCCAUAUAAUGUUAUCUCUCUUAAACAUGAAGUUAUUCGACUUCAUAAAAUGCUAACUAAAUAAAAUGCUUUUCUUCAACUGAA